GUUUUCCCUAAUAGUUAAUUGGUUUGCAUAUUAUAUUGGAGCGCUGUAGUUAUAAUGCAUGCAUUAACCACGAAGUAUACCAUUUUCUUGACGUUUAUUUAAAUACCUAUUUAAACCAAUGAAUGGCUUCAUAAAACGCUAGCAUAUGUGAUACGAUCUAAGCGCUGGAUUGUGCUUAAUUUAAUAAUGAUUUAGAGCUAUUAAAUCUACAAUUUAUUUGCCCAUUAAGCCAUUCAGCCAAAAAAUUAAUUCGCCGCGGUUUAUUACACUCAAUCAUGUCGCAUAAGUCGCCAUUGGAUGCCAGCAUGAUAAAUCAAUCAUUCGGACAUCUCAAUACGUCUAGCGAUCACGAUGAUUUAUCUGACUGGAACACAUGGAACGCCGACGAUGAGCGGGAAGAUCCAGUGUUUGUGCGGGAUCAGUUUGACUUAGAGGAAAUUGUCCGCGCUUACAUAUUUUACAACGUUGUCUAUUUAUUUCUGUUGGUGGUGUGCACCGUGGGUAAUGCUUUAAAUCUGAUGGUAAUAUUACGCACACGGUAUAAAUGGCAGUCUUCCGCGCGGUGCUACAUGUUGGUGACAAGCGUUGCCGAUCUUGCCGCUCUAUGGCUUGGUUUCCCGUCGCGAUUGUUUGACCUGAGCGACAUCUUCCAGUGGCCACUGUAUACAUGGCAAAUGAAGAACCAAGCUGGUAUUAAGCUCUCGUAUGGAAUAACUGCAUGGAGUCAGUUUUCCCUUAUGCGAUUAGCUGACUGGAUACUCGUGGCAUUUUCCUGGGAACGAUUGCUGAUCAUUUUAAGUCCGUUUCGGCUUGAUUUUCUGCAAAGGAAUUCCACCGCGCAAAUUAUCAGUUGCAUCUUGUUGGUGUUGGCUUUGCUCGAUUCGAUGUUGACCUUUGUGGAUGGAUAUUUCAAAUUUAACUUCUUGCAAACACGCGUGGAAAUUCCGGCGUGGGUCGCGCGUUGGAGAUUUCAGAACGACAUUGCAGAGGUCGUUGUCACCCUGUUGACCUUUCUUCUCAUUUUGAUCCCAAGUGCUUUUUUGAUUGGCUUCCUCGCUCGAUACCGCCGAUCAACGAUCAGCCAGAAAGGAAUCUUAAACCGAGCACGUAGUAAAUCGGCACAAACUGACAUCGGCAAUCAAACUAGUUCCCCCACAUCACGCAACGCAAAAUCAUUUUACAGUAGCAACAUUCUCCUACUUAGCAGCGCUGGUUUGUAUCUUCUCACCAGAAUCCCCAUCAUAAUAUUAUCGGGCAUUCUUACCGCGCAGAAGAACGGAUAUAUCCGUUUGGACCAAUCAUCGCUGAAGUUCGCUACGCCGUUCGUGAAUGCGGCAAUGUACAUGGGUUAUUCGUUUACUUUCUUUGUUUAUCUGAUUUCUGAACGGCACUUUCGUGAGUGCUUUGUGAAGGUGAUCACUGCGCCUAUAUUUCCACGAUGGCGGACUGGGAAGAAUUCAACUAUUCGAUCGGGCUUCGCUUAUACUUAUACUAGUGGGCAAUCCACUGCUUCUACGGGGAUAAGCUAUACGCAGGCGACCAAACCCCUGAUGGCUUCCGGUUGAUUUUAAUACCGGGUUAACAAUUAAAAUAAUACCACCUAAAUUCACUAGUGUCUCGAUCAUCCUGGAUAUUUCGAGGUUUUUCAAAAAUCUGUCACUUUUAAUACAAUAUCUCUAGGCGUUAUACAGUUUACUUGUACUUGUCUACAGUUGCUUGCAGUCGAUCUUCGCCUUUUUUAAACUACAGCAAUCAAAUUUAUAUUUUGUCUAAAACUGCAAGUGGAUUCCAUAUUAAUUUGGUUGAGAUUUCGAUGCAAAGCGCCGGAAAUUUAGUUUUACGUGAGCUCAAUAAUUAAGCGCUAAGAAACCCGACAUUUUUCUAAAAGAAAAUUUCUGUGUCUUUUCAGUGAAGAGUCUAUUAGGUAAAUCCUUCCGCAAUAUUUAGUAAUUACACAGUAAUCCUUUUUUUAAUAUAAAGAAAUGCACUCGUAUGCACAGAUAUUUAUAUAUCUCGUAUUUACUCUAUACUCUUAUAAUAUCUAUAUUUAUACUAUUAAUAAACC